AUGAUGGUCACUUGUCUGCUCCUCUCUGGCAUCUGGACCCUUGCGUCAGGUUAUGUGCAAGUGAUGCACAGAAAGGUUCAGUCAGUCCAGGCAGGAGAAAACAUUACUUUUUCUUGCCAGUCGGUUACGAAAGAAGAUGUGCUACAGGUGACCUGGCAGAAGGAGACAGAUGGAGCUGAAGACAACAUAGCGACUUACAGUACGAUGAACGGCCAAAAAAUAGCAAAGGGCUAUGUCGGCCACGUGAGAUUUGCCCACAGUGAUUUACAAAUCUCAGCCAUCUCCCUUCAUGAAGUCACUUUCCAAGAUGAAGGAUGCUACAAGUGCAUCUUCAACACAUUCCCCUCGGGGGCUGUCACCGGCAGGAUGUGUCUGAAGGUUUACGCCAUCUCGGACCCCAAAGUAGAGGCUAAACUUAUACCCAGUCCAAGCAAAACUGAGGACUCUGAGAAAGUGGUGGAGAUGAGCUGCUCAGCAACAGGGAAACCAGCUCCAAAAAUCACCUGGCGCCUUCCCAGCAUCCUGCAGAAGAAACCGAGGGAGUACCACGUCAAACUCGGCAACCAGACCGUGACUGUCAUCAGCAAUUUCACCCACGCCCACUCCAAGAUCCUCCAGGAGUACCCCAUUGCCUGCGUGAUCCAACAUCCCUCUCUAAAUGUGACCCUGGUCCUGCCUGUGGACAGCCUGGCCCGGGGUCCAGACAGCAGCGUGGCACCAGCCGUUGCCAUUGCAGUGGGGGUGCUCGUCCCCUUGCCUUCCCUUCUCCUUCUCGCCUGCCUCCUCCGCCACUGCCUCAAGUACCUACGUGACCCGGAGAGAAACCCAGCCCGGCCAUGCUGGGUCCUUCCUGCCUGUACCAAGGCCGAGAAGUGCGGGCUGUACGGAGCUGUGGGCAGGCGAGCUCCCAUGGUGCCCCCCACCUGA